AACAGAGCAGAGAAAGGGCGGGGAGCGACACACAGGAGAAGACCAGGUGGACACAUGCGCAGUUCCUCAAAACUCGCGCACACCCGCCAUCCUCAGCGCAUGUGCGAUGACGUCACUCUAGCGACAGCGCUCUCUUCGCCGUCGCUCCCCUUCUCCCCCCCUCCCUUUCCUCCCGCCCCCCGAUUCCGGGACUCCAGCAGCAUCGCUCCCCAGCGUUUUCCGUUGACUUGCCGGUGACGGGCCCCUUCAUAGCCCAACGCAGGAGAAGCGCGCGCCCCGGUCGUGGCGCCAUUCAGCGGCCAGCUCAGGCAGUGCCAUGUCAGAGUCUGGGCACAGCCAGCCAGGACUCUAUGGGAUAGAGCGGCGGCGCCGAUGGAAGGAACCAGGUGCUGGGGGCCCCCAGAACCUGUCUGGGCCUGGGGGUCGGGAGAGAGACUAUGGAGCGCCUUGGGACCGAGAUCGAGAGAGACGGGAUGGCAAUGAGGAGGCAGGGACAUCAGUCAUACAGAAGACACCAAUCAUUCUCUCUAAGCCUCCAGCAGAACGGUCUAAACUUCCACCCCCCCCAGCCCCGGCUCCCACUGCCUCACAGGCCCCAGCUUCUCUGGACAAACCUAUUGUCCUAAUGAAGCCUCGGGAAGAAGCCAAGGGCUCGGCCAGUGGGGCAGGAGCCCCACUCCUUGAAGGUGCCACACCGCCCCCCCCUGUGGUCCCCGCCCCUCCCAAGGGGGAGAAGGAAGGCCAGCGGCCCACCCAGCCAGUCUACCAGAUACAGAACCGGGGCAUGGGCACCACGACACCUGCCGCCAUGGACCCUGUGGUGGGCCAGGCCAAGCUGCUCCCCCCAGAGCGGAUGAAGCACAGUAUUAAGCUGGUGGAUGACCAGAUGAACUGGUGCGACAGUGCGAUCGAGUACCUGCUAGAUCAGACGGACGUGCUGGUGGUAGGGGUCCUGGGUCUCCAAGGAACAGGCAAGUCAAUGGUCAUGUCCCUGCUGUCGGCCAACACUCCUGAGGAGGACCAGAGAGCGUACGUGUUCCGGGCCCAGAGCGCCGAGAUGAAGGAGCGCGGAGGGAACCAGACCAGCGGCAUCGACUUCUUCAUCACCCAGGAGCGCAUCGUCUUCCUGGACACCCAGCCCAUCCUGAGCCCAUCUAUCCUGGACCACCUUAUCAAUAAUGACCGAAAAUUGCCCCCGGAGUACAACCUCCCCCACACCUAUGUGGAGAUGCAGUCCCUGCAGAUCGCGGCCUUCCUCUUCACGGUCUGCCACGUGGUCAUCGUGGUGCAGGACUGGUUCACUGACCUUAGUCUGUACCGGUUUCUGCAGACAGCAGAGAUGGUGAAGCCCUCCACUCCCUCCCCCAGCCAUGAGGCCAGCAGCUCAUCGGGCUCAGAUGAAGGCACAGAGUACUACCCCCACCUGGUUUUCCUGCAGAACAAGGCCCGUCGUGAGGACUUCUGCCCCCAGAAGCUUCGGCAGAUGCACCUGGUGAUCGACCAGCUGAUGGCCCAUUCCCACCUGCGGUACAAGGGCACUCUGUCCAUGCUUCAGUGCAACGUCUUCCCAGGCCUGCCCCCUGACUUCCUGGACUCAGAAGUGAACCUCUUCCUAGUGCCCUUCAUGGACACCGAAGGGGACAACGAAAGCCUGCCCCGAGCAGGCCCAGGCUCCAGCCCACUCUUUUCCCUUCUCCCCGGCUACCGAGGCCACCCCAGCUUCCAGUCCCUGGUGACCAAACUCCGUAGCCAGGUGAUGUCCAUGGCACGGCCGCAGCUCUCGCACACCAUCCUCACCGAGAAGAACUGGUUCCACUAUGCUGCCCGGAUCUGGGAUGGGGUCAAGAAGUCCUCUGCUCUGGCUGAGUACAGCCGCCUGCUGGCGUGAGAGUGUACGAUGAGGGUGGCAUGCAGGGCUUCCUGAGUUCCCGGGAGGACAGUGGGUCCCUCCUUUCCCCCACCUCCAGCUGCCGUGUGUGAGGAUGAACACACCAGGCACCCCCGGGGCACAGACAGCAGCAGCAGGAGAGCCAGGGGGGAUUCAGCUGCUCAGGAGACAUGGGGGCAGCGGAAGGUUCUCAGGGGUUGGUGGAGCCUGGGGCUCAUCUAUCCCCACAGAUGGAGGGAGGAAAGUGGCUAAUUUCCAAGACCAAGUGAGAAGCGGGGCCCCUCUCCCAGCCCCCUGUUCUUGGGAUAGACAGCUAGACAAGGCGGGGAGCCCUGAGCUCCCGUCUUCCGAGUCUUGUCCCUGUGAUGGCCAGGGCCAGCGGUGCCCCUGUCCUCGAGGGCUCCUAUGCUGGGUCAGAUUUGUUGGUUAAUAAAGAUGGUAACACAGCACUGAGUAGGCUUCUCAUUCUGAGACACUGUCCUCUUUACCUAGAGUUGACCGGGGCCUGUGGGAGACCAGGCCUGGGCUGGAGGGGGGGCUCAUCAGCUUGUCUGUCUUUGCCUUGAUCCCCAGGCAGCAGUUCAGGGCUACUGCCCGGGGAGGGGGCUGGGCCAGAGGCCAAAAAGAGGUCAAAUGGCCCCCCCCCGGGGGGAGGGAAGAAGGGUUUGGGGCCUUCUGAGUGCAGAUAGCAGCAUGGGGCUCAGCACACAGUAAGCACCUAAUGUUUGUGGAAUUGAAUUGUUACUCAUUGUAUAAACAAGUCAGUGCGGGUGCUCCCUUUGGUAAUCAUAUGUCAUGUCACUGUUAUAGACAAGCAAAUUGUGAAUUCAAGUAGCCUUGGUCUUCACCCAUGUAGAUGCUACUAACUUCUCACAUAGGUUUUAGGAAUUGACGCAUGUGUUGUAUUGCUUACAUAAACUCUUUAGGAAAGUAAAUACAGUUAAACAGGGAGAUUUUCUGCAUGUUAGGAGUUAAUGCAUCAGUUAUGAAAUAAACUAUUAAAUACAGACAGACAGAGCCAAUAGC